UCUGUAGGGGAAGCUUGGGGGCGUGGAAGGAAAUUAGCUCGGCUGGAGUAGGAGGUUGGAGCCCAGUGUGUGGAAUAAAGAGCCAGACAUGGGACCUGAGCAAAGCCUGGGAGCUGCACUGUUACUGCUGCAGCUGCAGCCAUCACUGCUUUUAUCCCUGUCCUGGGGAGACACUCCAGCAGUGUUGGCAUCAUUACUGGGGAAGAGCCUACAGAACUACACAUUCUCUCACACACUGUUCUGCCAGGAUGAGGAACCUGUCCUGGGUCUGUCUGAGGCCUUCAAUGAGGACCAGCUCUUCUCCUUUGACUUCUCCAGGAACUCCCGGGUACCCCGGCUCCCUGAGUUUGCUGCUUGGGCCAGUGACAAGAGAGAUAUUAAGGCCAUACAAGCCGACCAGCAGCUCUGCCAGGAACUGCAAAAAGAAUUGAGUUCAGCUUUGGAAGGCAAAAUCCCUGAGGCUAGAGGAAACCCUGUGGCUGAAGUUUUCACUCUGGAGCCCCUGGAGUUUGGGAAGCCCAACACUCUCAUCUGCUUUGUUAGUAACAUCUUCCCACCUCAAGUAACUGUGAGCUGGCAGCACCACCAAGUCCCUGUGCAAAGCAGCAGCCCCACUUUUCUCUCAGCUAUCGAUGGACUUGGCUUCCAGGCCUUCUCUUAUCUGAACUUCACACCCACAUCCUCUGAUGUCUUCUCUUGCAUUGUGACACGGGAAGGUGACCUCUUCAGCACUAUAGCCUUCUGGGUGCCUCAGAAUCCAAUACCCUCUGAAUUGUUGGAAAAUAUACUCUGUGGCAUUGCCUUUGGCCUGGGAAUUGUUGGCAUCAUAGUGGGUAUUGCACUCAUCAUCUACUUCCAAAAACCAUGUGCAAGUGGUGCAGGACUCUGAAGGACUUCUUUAGUCUCACUACUCAAGGACUGCAACGAGGGAGUGAUGUCUUCUUACCUUACCUGCCUACUCAUCCUGGAGCCUGCUCCGUCCUCUCACCACUUGUUCAGUUUCUGCUACCACUGUGGUUGCCAUGAUGAAUACCACCACAGUUCACCAUAAAGAGUGAUGGUCGGGCUCAAUCUUGGCUUCACCACAUCUCUCAGCAACCUGGCUGCCAUAAGAUGAAAAUGAAUGGUCCUGGUGUUUGGGGAUGAGGUCCAAAUAAAAAUCAGUCUCAGAACCUCCA